GCCGCCUCCCUGCCGUAUUCCGCGGACGCCGCUCUGAGCCAUGGCUGACAGUUGGCAGCUCGCGUGCGACGCCUACCAGCGGGCGAUCACCGCCUCCGAGGUCGAGUCCAAGACCGAUCCGGAGAACGAGCCGUACCGCUCCAAGUACCGGGCCCGGGAGCUACUGCGGGAGGCGCGGGCGCUGCUGGGCCCGGAGGAGGGGGACGAGACGCGGCUGCUGGCCGCCCGCCUGGCCGUCAUCCAGCUCCGGCUGGGGGUGAACCACACGGAGACCGAGGAGAUGUCGGCGGGAGAGGAGCACCUGGUGAAGGCGGCGGGGCUGCUGGAGCGGUGCCGGCUGUCACAUGACUGCGUCUCCAUCUACCUCCAGGCGCAGAAUAAUCUUGGGAUUCUUUGGGCUGACAGAGGAGAGAUCAUCAUAGCCCAGACUUACCUGGAGGCUGCCGAGUCCUUGUACUGCCAGUAUAUGAAAAAGAUUGGGAAGCCACCAAUUGAUCCAGACGAACAUUUUAAACCUGAGGAGCAAAAUCUGACAGAGCAGGAGAGAGCAAAGAGGUUUGAGCGCGUUUACACCCAUACAAUGUACUAUCUGGCCCAAGUCUACAAACACCUGAAGCAGGAUGAAAAGGCCGCCCAGUACUGUCACACGACUCUCCAGAGGCAGCUGGAAUAUGAUGGCUAUAACCCAGUGGAGUGGGCAAUCAACGCUGCUACACUAUCGCAGUACUAUCUGGGAAAGAGGCAGCUGGAAUAUGAUGGUUAUAACCCAGUGGAGUGGGCAAUCAACGCUGCUACACUAUCGCAGUACUAUCUGGGAAAGCAAUGUUAUAUGGAGUCCAGACACUGCCUUGCUGCGGCCGAUGUCAUUUUCAGCAAAGCUGGACAAAUCCCUUCCUCUGAAGCAGAAAAAGAAACAGAUGAAGCAGAACAGGAGCGCCUAGAUCAUCUAAGACAAAAGAAGUCUGAAAUAGCCAGAUGCUGGGUGAAGUAUUGUCUCUGUUUAGUGGAAGAUGCACGGAAAAAGCUGGAGGACAAUAUAGGUGAACUAGAUGUUGACCUUCAGGAUGAACUUAAAGCUGAACGUAAAAAGCAAGAAGAUGAGAAGGAAAAGGGUCGGAAGAAGGCGGUUUUGUUUGGAUCAAGUGAUAUAUAUGAUUCCAUUUUAGCUGUGGAAGAAAAAGUUGAGUGUUCACUUCCACUAGACUUCAAGGAGGCCAGGGAGGUAUUCCUUGUGGGGCAGAAUUAUGUUAAUGAGGCCAAAGAGUACUUUCAGCUGGAUGGACACGUCACCGACCACAUAGAAGUGGUCAAGGACCACAGCGCCCUGUUUAAGGUUCUCGCCUUCUUCGAGGAGGACUAUGAACGGCGCUGUAAAAUGCACAAACGUAGAAUAGAUAUGCUGGAGCCGCUAUGUAAAGAGUUAAACCCUCAGUACUAUCUUCUAGUCUGUAGGCAGCUUCAGUUUGAGUUGGCUGACACCUAUUACGAGAUGAUGGAUUUGAAGGUAGCUAUAGGAAAUAAACUGGAUGAGAUGGACUCUCACACAAUCAAGAAAAUCAACAUUCUAGCACAGGCGGCAAUUAAGUUCUAUGAGAUGUUUUUGGAUUCCUUAAAAAGUCCAGAUAAAAAGUUUCCAGAGAAAUUAGAGGACGACGUUCUCCGUCCUGCACUGGUGGCCAAGUUCCAUAUUGCACGUCUCUAUGGAAAGCUCAUCACCACCGAUGCAAACAAACAGCUGGAAAACAUGCAGAUAUCUCUAAGCUAUUACACAUUCCUGGUAGAAUAUUGCGCCAACCACGAAGAGGCCAUUAAGUCGGUGGAGACAGAGUUGGAACUCACUAAAGAAAUGGUGGCCCUACUGCCUGCUCGAAUGGAAAGAUUAAGGAUGCAGUUCUCCUCCUUCACCAGAGCUGCACUGUGCAAUUAGAGAUUUCUAAACAUGUCUAUUUAUUGAUCCUAAUACUCUACAGUUAACAAUUCUUGACCAUGAGAAGCAAAAAGUAAACCGCAAACACUUGAGUGUUUUUGGAUUUUUUUUGUCAGUGGUUUUAUGUGAUUGUAUAUUUUAUUUUGCAUGUGUUUUGAAUGCACUAUGUACAUGUAGUCAUUUUUGAGGAAUUGGGCGACGGGCAGCCAUUUUAUGGCAUUGUCAACAUAAAAGAAAUAAACACUCUUCAUGGUCUGUAAUGGGA